AUGUUGGAAUAUAGGGAAGAAAUAAACAAAAAAGAAAUUUUAGAAAAUAAUGGAGAGGAUUGGUUUGAAAUUUUAAAAAAUAAAGGGAAGGAAGUUUUAAAUAAAAUAUUAAAUAGAGUAGAUAAUUUAAAUUUAAAUUCUUUUAAAGAAUUAAAAAAACGUUUAAUAACAACAUUUCAAUUGAGAGGAAUUUUAGAAAUUUAUAAACAUUUAGCUGAUAAAUUUAAUUAUUUUAAUGAAAAUUAUGAAAAUAAAAUAAAAAAAAUAAUUGAAAAUUUGGAAAGUUUUGAAGGAAUAACUGAAAAUUUAAAUGGAAAUUUUGUAAAUAAUUUUAAUCAGGAAAAAAUUAAAGAAUUGGUAAAGAAAUAUGGAAAUGAAUUAAUUGAGGAAUUUAUUGAAAAUAAAAUUAAAAUUGAAAUUAUAAAUAAUUCUAUAGAGGAUAAUAAAAAAUUUAAGGUAGAUCUAAAUAUUGAAAAAGUUGAGGAUUGGAUUAUAAAGAAGAUGAAUGAAUUAUAA